UAAAGUUAUACUAUUCAAAAGAUAAUGUACAUAGUUACAUAUUCUACAAAAUGUAAUUUUAUUUUUAUUUGAGUGACGCACACACUGCUCUUUUGGAUGAAUUCUAUCUCGCGAGGAAGGAAGCAACUGAUAUGAAUAAAAAAUUAAAACAACAACACAUGUUAAUGGAACAGAUUAAAGAAAAUGAGAACAACCGUGCAAUCAAUAAAAAACGCGAGCUUGAAAAUGAUCUUGAUUGUGAAAAUCGCAACUUAUGUGACAUUCUGAGUAACGAAUGGAAUAAGGAGAAGCAGAAGAUUCAUGAUUCAGUAUGGCAGGAGCAUUAUAUGCACCAUAUUGGGGAAGAGCGGCAAAGAAAACAAAAGGAAAUCAAAGAGUUCGAGUCAAUAUUCUCAAAUACAGGAUGUGUACUCCAACAGACGUGUAAAACACCUUAUAAUAAGUUUGCUCGUUAAGAAAAUUCUCCCCGAAGAGUGUUGUGUGUAUAAGAAGUGGGGGUGAUGAUUUUACAUAAGCAACUGUAACAGCUUU